CCUUCCCUGCCUCGCCUCGUCGGCGGUUCUCUCUUCUGUCGCACAAAUUAGGUCUCGACGAAGACUCACUCAUCAAGCGAAGCGACCAUGGCUCUCACGGAGGAGGUAAAGGCGAAAUGGCCCCAGGUAUUUGAGGCCAUUCGAAAGAGAGACCUUCAGAAUGUCAUUGACACACUCGCAGCAGCAGAUCGUCCCGUUGAUUUUGCAUCCUGUAUCGGCGCAACAAGUGGAAUGAAUCUGAUCCAUGCGGCCCUAGAUUUCGAGCGCGUGCCCAAGAAUUUUUUGUUGCAUGAAGAUCUUGUCGGCAAGUUAAUCAAGUACUACCCUGGAGCCUUGAAGAUCAAGGAUAAAAAGGGAAACCUGCCAAUUCACUAUGCUAUCAGUAUGCAAAACUGUCACCUGAGCCUCAUCGAAGCACUCUUGGCAUCUUACCCAGACAGCAUCAAGCAACAGGACGCCAAGGCGUGUCUCCCCAUUCACUUGGCAUGCAUGUAUCGCAACACCCAUCUCGUCGAGUGUCUGGUGGAAAAGUACCCUGAGGGAUUGAAGCACCCAGACAAGGAUGAAAUGCUGCCACUUCAUAAAGCGCUUCGUCAUUGCUGUGAUGUUACCACUGUGAAGUUUCUCUUGGACAAGAACCCAGCUAGUGCAGCGGCGAAAGACUUUUCUGGUCAGUUUCCCUUGCAUUUGUUAUUCCGAUUCUAUUCCGUUCCUGGUGUCAUCUUUUCGUCGCUGACGAACAGUCUUAUUGAUGCCUAUCCAGAGGCUUCCAAACACAAGGCAGUCACUGGGAAAUUCCCGCUCGACUAUGUUCUCGACAGGGAGAAUUUGAGCGAACAAGAACUCCAAUUCAUUCUUUCACAUUGCCAUUCGGCAGACUCCAUUUCCAAUGUGGACGCUGAAGGACGCCUGCCGAUCCACAUUGCUUGCAAAAAGGGUCGGACCUCAAUGGCUAUCAAGCUAAUGGCCGUGGCCCACCCUGACAGCCUCAAGCAGCCGGACAACUCUGGCAACCUACCGGUUCACUAUGCUGCGGCUCACUGCUCUUUUGAGGCCCUUCGGUGUGUCAUGGAGUUGUACCCUGAAGGACUUUUGCACAAGAACGUACUCAACAAGCGUCCAAUUGCCAUGUGUUCCAAAGAUCAUGAUAAAUUCCGCGCUUUGGCUGAGGCCUGCCCUGCCAGUCUUUAUGACGACGGAGCCGGAAAGGCACCUCUGGAACCACUGAUUGAGUACCUCAAACUGUUCAAUCUUACGCGUCGAAACAGCUUGCUUCUGGAAAACGUCUUGCGUGCAACGCAACAUGGAUGUGGCCCUAGCGAUACCAAAACUGCCGCAGCCGAGGCUGAGGCUGAGAAACAGCAACAGCUUGCCUCUCUAGCAAAGCAACUUGAACAGUUCCACGCGAAAGAUAUGACAGAGCUCAACAAGUCCCACUCGAAAGUUAUGGCAGAGCUCAAGAAGUCCCACGCCGAUGAGAAGCAGCAACAGCAACAACUGCUUGAACAACUGCAGAAGCGGCACAAUGAGCUCGAGCUUCGUCAGAAGACAGAGAAGGAGCAGCUACAAGAGUAUCAUGCAAAAGAGAAGGAGAAGCUACAUCAGUCAUAUGAGGAAGACAAGCAGGAACUACAGCUGUCCCACGAGGAAGAGAAGCAACACCUUGAAGUCUCCCGUACGCUCUACAAGCAGAUCGCAGCUGAGGGCCGAAAGCAAGAUAAGAACUUCCUCACAAAGGUUGCCCAGGAAGACAGCAAGGUCUGCACUGAAGACUUGAAGUCCUUUGCCACCUCACUCAAGAACCGAAUCGACCUGAUUUCUUACCGCAUUCACCCCGAAGUCAAGCCAUCCAUGAUGCAACUUUUGUUUGACGGCUUCAUCACCAAUCCAAAUGUUGCAAAAUCAUCUUUGGUAGAUUGUGUCCAAAUGAUGGAUGCCGAGCUCACUUGCUUGGAAAUUGACAUGGAACAAGUCACCUGUGGAGCCAAGGUUCCAUCCAGCCCUGGCAGCUCGGAUACCGCCAAAGCGAAGGUUCCAUCCAACCCUGACAGCCCGGAUACCGCCAAAUCCUCUGUUGAACCAACGGAACGUCCCACCAAACGGGCUCGCAUUUCGCCUUAGAACAAGUGAACCAACGAAACGUCCCACCAAACGGGCUCGAAUGUCGCCUUAGAACAACUUUCGAGGCCUUUGCUUUCGAUCUUGAGCCGUGACGUGAUGUGAAGGGGGAGCGACCGUCCAAAGUUGGCCCCGUUUCUUCCCUCAGGGGAACAUGGGAUACCUUGUAUUGGCCUUUUGGACUAUACAGAAGACUCAGAUGCUUGUCCAAUCGCGGCCAAUCGUUCAUAGAUACAUGUAGUUGAUAAAAUAAACAACUUAUUGG